AAAAAUGUUCCAUAUAACCGCCGGGCAAUGCAAGUGCAACCACCCUCCCCCGGUUUGUCCCCGUCGCGGCACUGCAGCAAGCCAUGGGCGUGAGCACCACUGACCUGCCCGCGCCACCCCACUCCGUCAACCUGCCCGGCCGCAUGGCCUCCUCCUCGUCCUCUUCCUCUUCCUCCGUUGCCCCGUGGCCGCGUUCAGCCAAGCACCGCGGCGCGCCCGCCGUGGUCCGCCGCGCCCAGCUCGUCCUGUCCCGCGACGUCGGGUGGUGCGGGCAACGCGUGUGGCGGAAGCUCCUCAGGCGGCUGGCGCAGGAAACCAGGUGCAUCUGCAGCUCCCCGACGGCGGCCACGGGCAGGCCCAGGCCCGUCACGUUCGGCUACGACGCCGCCAGCUACGCCAAGAACUUCGACGACGGGCGCAGCCCAGCCGCGCCACGCGGCGCGGCCGCCCCCAUCGUCGUUCGUCGCCAAUGCGGUGGAUAAGCCGAGACGCAACUGAUCCGAUCGACGUUCUUCUCUCCCCCUCGUGGCCUCGUCGAUCCCUUCCCAUUUCUCCUUUUUUUUUGUUUCUCUUAAUAAUUUUUCUCGUUGCUUUUA